AAAUGCCCGGGUACGAUUGUAGCCGAUUUGUUGGUUCAACAAAACAACAAUUAGAUGAACUCCUAUGCGGCAUAUGUCGGGAAAUUGUAUGCCAACCGAUAGUCGUCCAGUGCUGUCAACAAUUGUUUUGUACGGACUGUAUAAAGGAAUGGUUAGACAAACAGACUACCUGUCCGUAUGAUCGCAAACAGUUAACUAGCGAACAGUUAACUUUGCCGCCCAGAAUUUUAGUGAAUUUGUUGUCAAAUUUGAAAAUCAAAUGCGAUUUCUCAGACAAAGGCUGUCCACUGGUAACCACUGUCCAACUGUUGGCCGAACACACGGCUAACUGUCCCUAUAAUGUACAACAAUGUCGCCGAUGUCUGUCCAACUAUACUACCGGUGCUCAACAACCGUCUGAACACAACUGUCUGAAAUCGAUGACCGAAUUGAAUCAUAAAACUAAUGCCGAAAUAAAUAUAUUGAUGAAUAUUAUUGAAAAUCUAUCGAAAUGUAAUUUACGGGAAAUUACUGAUAAUGAGCUAAGUGACGAUGUUAUUCUAGCCAAUCAUAUUAUUCAAAAGAAAUUGAGAAAACUUAUGGGAACUUUGGGAACAGUCGGGAAAUUGUUGGAACUUAUUGAUGGACGUGUAUUAAAGCUAAUAUGCGAUGAUGUUAUGAUGGCCGCUUGGGGUACACUAUGGAAUAUUACUGAUGAAAAUGAAUCUAAUUGUCAACGAUUUAUAACAAACAAUGGCCUGGAUAAUUUUCUAGCAUGUAGACAAUCGUUUCCAGAUAAUCAGGACUUAUUAUCCCGAAUGAUGGGUGUGUUGGCCAAUGUGGCCGAAAGUAGAAAACUUCGACCAAAAUUGUUGACCGAAAACUAUUUGGACAUAUUUUUGCAACUAUUGUCAUUGUCCGAUUUGGAGGAUUCAUCCGAUAUGGAUAUACCCGUAGAGUUUGGUCUAUACUUUAAACAACAUGAGUCCGAUGAUGAUAAUGAUAGUGAUGAGGACAGCAGUGAUGAUAAUAAUGAUAAUUAA